AUGGCAUCUACUUCCAAUAUCAUUCCCUCCCCAGCCGAGACUUGCCACAUACGCGACCUACCAAACGAGCUCCUCUGUCAUAUAUUCGACUACCUCGACGCCUCCAAGCCCUCCGAUUUUGGCCUCGAUGACGAACCUACCUUUGCCGUGACCGAUUCAAACACCGCAAACCUCAAAUCAAUAUCACAAGUCACAAAGGCAUGGAGGAGUUUGGUCAUCCCAACACUGUUCAGACAUGCCCGCCUCGUAGUUUCCGACCCAGAAACCAAAAGACCGCUCUUAAACGACCAUAUUGCACCCUUCUUGGCUUUCGCAACCCGAAAUUCCUUGCGGAAAUAUAUCACUAGUUUUGUCUUGCUAGUACGUGAUAAGAAGAUUGCACAUCUUACGAAUGGCGAGUAUAGGUUAAGCGGCUUCGCGUCGGUUUGGGAUACUAUUUUUAAGGUUAUUGAUCCGAGUGAGCUUCUUGUUGUUGCGCAUCCGGCGUCUCUGGGGCCACUUGCUGCAUGCAAUGUGUAUCUUUCGGAUGCGUGGAAUUUUGAUUGUCCUUGUCAUUAUUUGCGGCUUCGGAGGCCUGCUAUGCCAGUAGGUAGUCCUGCCGCGAAGGCUGCAAACUUUGUAAAUGACCAGGCCGAUUUUGGUCGUGAAGAUCUUGAUCAGAUGAUGGACGAUCUAACGGUAGACAAAGCGAGUCCUAACGCGGCAGGUCUUGAAAUCAGUCUCGCAGCUGGGGAUGCAAAUGUGCAAGAGCAUGAUGCAGAGCCGUGGGAGCUGACUCGUGCCAAAUCUUCCCCUUUAUUCGAUAUUCGUCCCUGGACUUCCUUCUUACUCAACGAAGGCUCUUUCAUCAGAGCAUACGCUACAUAUGAGUUCUGGCUACGGCAAGCACCCUCGAUCCUAUCAGAUCUUGUGGGUGCAGAACAAGCCGAGCACAAAUCCUUUAUCAGCCCUACGAUAAGUGACAUGUCUUAUAUCGGCAUAUUCCCAAUGGAAAGACAUUUUCGGAGUUUGACAGAUAAUCUGCCUAGACUUGAUAAGCUGUUUGUUCAGCUUGUACCUAGAAACGAUAUCCUGAAUCAAGCGAGCAAGAUGGUGCAAGUUGAAGCAGAGGAUCUGUGGAUGGAAAGAAAUUCUUGUUAUGCCUCUGUCGUUCGGCAGUUGUUCAAUUCUCCCUCGCGUGGCAAUUACAAACAUCUCCAGGUCUUUGAAUCUGGAGACGCGGCGGAUAGGGAUGCUUGGUUAAUGGCUGUGGAAUAUAUAAAACGAGCCGGUAAAGGCUGGGAAAUCGCUAGUGAGGGAGUCUUUGUACGAGAGGGUACCAAAUACGUCGAUGGAGAAAACGAGGAGGCCAGCGAGUUGGAUAAUACGGCUUUUCAGCGUUCCCUGAUUCGAUGGUCAUGGGCGGGGACGAGGAGGCUGCCGGUUUCGGCGUUUACUAUGUAUGAGCAGCCUUUUGGUCCGAUUAUUUGA